UACUCAGUGCGGUAACAUCAUAUUACUAAUGUAGGCUUUACAUCACUGCAAAGGACAAAGACGUAGCCUACACCUGCGGCUGGAAUACAAAGAAUCCGAAUGAUCCUUGUUUAGUGUAAUAUAUAUUCCAUGUUACUAUUGUUGACUCCGAGCUGGAAUAUGAGAAGAAUUUCAUUUUCCGUUGUAUAUUAACUAAAAGCAAAGUAAAUAUGUUGUGCUCUGCAUCACAUUACCAGCGAUCAGUUGCCUGUAUCGUGCUGUUGUGGGCGAGUAAUAUUGUUUUAGCAAAGUCAUCACAGAUUUCGGAUAUAAAAUCCAAGAUAUCUGGUGUGGAGGAGCUCCUGGAGGAAUUUCGGAAGCAGCUUCAGCAGGACCAAGCUGUGAAUAGAGAGGAUGGGUUAGGGGACGUGUGCCUAAGUGGGUUCAGCGCCAUUGAGGGGCAUAUCAUCCGAGCAAGGGACUCCAUCGACCAGGGCGCUACCUUUCUGACUUCUCCCAAUCGGGUGUACAGCUGGAGGGACUGCCUUCACGCCUGCUGCGUCGACCCUCGGUGCACCGUUGCGGUGGUGCAGGAAUACCUGGACCAGUCUGACAACAGCCUCAGCUGCUUUUUGUUCAACUGCACUUACAGAAAUAAAAACGUCUGUACAUUCUCCACGCAACAGGGGUACAGCAGUUACAGUCGUGUUCAGAACACCAGUGGAUACACCAGCCUCGCCAGUGCCCAUCCAGAUUUCACAAAACAGACGAACUCAAUACGGAGGCCUCAGGAUAGACUUUCAGCUGAUGACCCGACAAUACAAGAGCUGGAUGAACCACCUCGCAGUGAUGCAGGACAGGACCUGGUGAUCCGGCUGCCCACUGACUGGGCAGUGCUGGAUGCCCGGGACAGUAUGGAUGAUAAUGGGAUUACCCAUUAUGAGUGGGCCUUGAUCAAGGGAGACCACUCUGUCAACAUGAAGGUCCGCCAGCCUGGGGUCCUAAAGCUCAGUGAGUUACAGGAGGGCUCGUACACCUUCCAGCUGACCGUCACGGACACAGUGGGACAGAAAAGCUCUGACAACAUCACAAUCACAGUGCUGCCGCUGGAACAUCAAGCAGACGUGUGUACAGGCCACUGUUCGGACCACCAGUUUCAGUGUGAUGAUGGCUGCUGCAUCAACAUCGACUACGCCUGCGAUGGGAAACAGCAGUGCCCGGACCGCUCCGACGAGGACUUCUGCCGAGGCUUUGAUGGGGGUCGGAAGGCCGUGACGCACUCAUCCAGGCUGCCUGCUGUAUUGAGGCCUGUGACCCAGCAGCAGUACAGUGACCAGGCCAUGAUUCUGGAUGGCCCCAGGAAGACCAUGGAGGAGGCCAGCCCCCCUGUUGAGUCAUACAACAGGGGUAACCCUGUUCCCCCUCCAGUGCCUCACGUUCAGAAUGGACAGGGUGGCAGAGCAGAUUCAGAACCCUGCACAGCACCACCUGCUGUUGGGCCAUGCAAAGCCAUUUUGCCACGGUGGUACUAUGAUCCGGCUGACGGAGCGUGCAAACAUUUCAUCUAUGGGGGCUGCAAGGGCAACGCCAAUAACUUCCUGCAGGAGUCAGACUGCGUCGCUGAGUGCAUACCAAAACCAGGUCCUGUCAAACAGAAACCCACCACAGCCCAACCGCCCCAAAAACACACAGUGCCACCUGUGCCUCACCGAGUGGCCAUUUCAGAGGACAACGUGGAGACCGACAUUCCUGAGUCUAAAUCCCAUUAUGUUUUGGGCGGACAUCCCAUCCCUGCAUCAGGUGCAAUCCUGCCACUGGCACUGGGACUCAUCAUUACCGCUCUACUCCUUCUCAUGGUUGGCUGUCGGCUACGCUUGGUGCACCGCAAACUGAAAAAGGCCCGGCCAAUCACAUCCGAGGAGUCAGACUACCUCAUCAACGGAAUGUACCUGUAGCACACAGGCAAGGACUCUAGCUGUUCCAAUUCCCAGGGUCAACCAGAAUACCCAUGCGUUCGCCUGCCACUGUAGCGUGCAUCAGUUAAUCAGCAGCUUGUUUCCACUCUGCCAUCUAUAGAGGGGUAUGUCCAGGGAGCCCGCUGCAUUAGUGGCCUGUGUGACCCUGACCCCCCUUGACCCUUCAGUGUUGACAGGACCACUGUAAAGAUGGAAGCAGUCACCACAUGGGGACUUUUCGCCAGUCCGAAAUGGUGUCACAAUGGUCUGAUGGUCUUCGCAGCACUUCUCCUAAUGUUUUAAUGUACAUUAUGUCGGUUUGUCCCAGUUGAAAGGAGAAACCAUUGGCCUUCAGUAUAUCCCCGUCCUCUUUGCAGCUAAGUGCUGAUUUCUAAAUAUUACACACAAAAAACUUGUGUUCUUUGUGCCAUAUAGCCAGCCCAUUUUACCUUUUAAAAGUAGAAUAUCAAUGUUGCCCAUGUUACAGUUCUGAAUUAAUUUUGUCAUAAAGGGUAACACACUUCAUGUCAGAUAUGAUGAUCUGAUAUUAGUCCACAUUUCAAAUCAAACUAUUCAGUUAACCUUGUGAAACUGAGACAAAUAGCUUCAGCCCAUUCUGCUGCUAAAAUCCCUCAGGGAUUAAGAAUAGGUGAUUUUUUUUAUUUUUAAGAAAUAAAAAAAGUAGUACAAGUCUACAUACAUAUGAACUGACCACAACAGGAGUUCCUUCUCUGAACUGAAAAUGGUAAUUACCAAAUCAGGUUGAUAGCUUUGUUUUGUUUUUUAAUUCCAUGAAUGCUAGCUCUUACGCUGUAGACACUGCAGAGCCCAGCAGAUCCAUAAAUGCUGACUAAAUGUAAAAGUCGUCUUGACAAGCUUGGUAUCUCUCUUUGCGUUAUUUUUUUGUGCAUUUUCUACUUCCAAAGUUGCCAACUGUGUUAGUGAAAUAAUGGCUGUUUCUAUAUAACCAUGAAUAUAGACAAUUAUAAACAAUGAAUUGCAAAUGUUGUAUGUAGAUAUCUAAAUUGUGAAGUCUGUAUGCAUAUCUAUUUAAGCAUAAUUAAAUUAUCCUGUAAUGUC